UUGUGCUGUUUUGAAUUUGCGACUCUUGACUUCCUCCCACACACUCGUCCCCUCACUGAGGGCAGGUGCCCGCCGGGACAUCAUCGAUCAUCGACGCCGCCAUUUUGAAUCCGUCGUCGGCACAAAGCCAGGAAGGCGCCAUUUUGAUCUUUUUUUUCUAAAAAUGGCGCAGUCUGACUUUUUCUUCCCCCCCCCCACCCACCCCAGGCACCUUUUGAAAGUCACCCUGGAAAAGCAAUCCGGAUGACUUGAUAUGAGCGACUUUCUAUCUUGUUCUUCAUUUUGACUUCCGACCGUCUUCACAAAGCGACUUCAACCGCAGGCAGCUUCCACACAAAUACGACUGGAGUUCCGUGGGUGAGCCCGUCUGGCGGAGGCAAAGCAAAACCUCGCAAGGGGGCGGAGAGGCCUAUGCGCAAUUAAUUCCGACAGGCUGGAGGCGGCAACAACCGGCGCGGACAAACCGGCGGAGAGAGCGACCGAGCGCAGGCAGGCGAGGAAAAUUUGGGAGGAACGACGACAAGGUGGCAUCCGUCCGGAAGAGUCACGAGCGUUCGGGGCCGGGAAGAGCGUCUUGCGUUUCUGAGCGGUGAAAAUGUCGUCCACGCUGCAGCAGCUCAUCAUCCCGACGUGCGGCGGCGGGCCCGAGCCCCCCCGUAACAAAGUGACCGUGGUCGGAGUGGGCCAGGUGGGCAUGGCCUGCGCCGUCAGCCUCCUGCUUAGGGAGCUAACGGACGAGCUGGCCCUGGUGGACGUGAUGGAGGACAAGCUGAAGGGCGAGUUGAUGGACCUGCAGCACGGAAGCCUCUUCCUCAAAACCUCCAAAAUGGUGGCCGGCACAGACUACUCGGUGACGGCCAACUCGCGCGUGGUGGUGCUGACGGCGGGCGUGCGGCAGCGGGAGGGCGAGAGCAGACUGGACCUGGUGCAGCGAAACGUCGACAUCUUCAAGCGGGUCGUCCCGCAGAUCGUCGCCUACAGCCCCGACUGCGUCAUCCUGGUGGUGUCCAAUCCGGUGGACGUGCUGACGUACGUGACGUGGAAGCUGAGCGGGCUCCCCAGGCGGCGCGUGCUGGGCAGCGGCACCAACCUGGACUCGGCGCGCUUCCGCUUCCUGAUGGCCGAGCGUCUGGGCGUGCACCCCAGCGGCGUCCACGGCUUGGUGCUGGGCGAGCACGGCGACACCUCGGUGCCCGUGUGGAGCGGCGCCAACGUGGCCGGCGUCGGCCUGCGGGCGCUCAACCCCGACGCCGGCGCCGAUUCCGACCCGGAGAACUGGAAGGAGACGCACAAGAUGGUGGUGGACAGCGCCGCCGAGGUGAUCAAACUGAAGGGUUACACCAACUGGGCCAUCGGGCUGAGCGUGGCCGAGCUGACGGAGAGCAUCGUGAAGAACCUGAACAGGAUUCAUCCGGUGUCCACCGCCGUGCAGGGCCUGUACGGCAUCGCGGAGGAGGUGUACCUGAGCCUGCCGUGCGUGCUGAACGGCGGCGGCGUCGCCAGCGUGGUCCGCGUCAGCCUUUCGCACGACGAGGUGGCGCGGCUGCGGGCCAGCGCCGGUGCAUUGUGGGAAAUCCUCAAGGAGCUGCAGGACCUCUGAGGGGCCCGCAUGGGAAAAGGACACUUUCCAAACUAAUUGAAUGGAGAAAUACGGGCGGAUUAGUGUUCCUCGUUAGAUAGGUGGGUGGCUUGAAAGGGGGCGGGGCUAAACACGUGUA